UGCAAAUCCAAUUUUCUUCAUGGUUAAAUAAGGACAAUACGGCUCCUUCUACGUUUUGAUCUGUAGAAAAAGAACAAUUUUAAUAAAAUAUUUACAUAUUUUAGUUUAAUCAUCUUCGAUCAAAUUGAUCAGGAAAAUACAAACAUUGUUUUUGAAGCAUUUUUUCAUGAAUUAUGACAUUUAAAGUUUCCUUCCCCUCAUUUUCUUAGUUUUUACAUUGAUUUUUUAACAAACUAGAACCACCAGGACAGAGUGGAGUUAAUCUGCUCCCCCUCCACUUUUGCUGAGUCUUCACAUUGCUCCGUAACUGCAGAGAAACAGGAUGCCAGAGAGCUGCAGAGAGUUACCUGACGGAACGGAGAGAAAAACAGCAGAAUGAGGCGGUAUGUGAGUGAUUAUACUAUAGAAGGAGGGAGGGGAAAGACGAGGGGACGCCACGAAGUGAGGAUCCAUCACUGUGUCAUGGGACAAGCACAAGUCACCCCGCUGGAGGUGGGAUCGGAGGACAUUUACAGAUGGAGGACCUCCGCUGGGAGGUCGAUCUGACCUCAGAGGUUUCUUUCAGAUUUUAUUAAACUCUCUGAGGGAUUUCUGGGACGUCAUGUAGAGCAGGGAGCCUCGUCAGGUUGGGCCGUUUUUGUAUCCGUAUUUAGUGGUGUGGGAUGCCCUGCUAGCCUCAUGGAUCCUCAGCAACCCGUUUUUAGCCUGAUGAAGCGUUUCUGCCCCUGUCUGAGCCUGCUGCCUCUACCAAGUCAGGACUGGAGUAAGAGCGAUGAGCGCCUCCUGCAGGCCGUGGAGCAGAACGACCCCGACAAGGUCUCGGCGCUCAUCGUCAAAAAGGGCCUCUGUCCCACCAAGCUGGAUGGCGAGGGGAAGUCGGCGUUUCACCUGAGCGUGUCCAGAGGUCGGCUGGACUGCCUGGAGGUCAUCAUCGCUCAUGGAGCAGACAUCAGUCUCCCCGAUGGAGCUGGCCUGAGCGCUCUUCAUCUGGCUGCCAAAAACGGCCAACCCGAGUGUUUGAAGAGACUCUUACAGGAAAGGUUAUCUGUGGACUGCACUGACAGCAUCGGCAGAACUCCUCUUCAUCAUGCAGCAGUCAGCGGUUGUCUCGGCUGCGCUGAGAUCCUUUGGGACUUUAAAGCCAAUCUGGACGUUCAAGACAGUGAUGGAGCCACGCCGCUGAUCCUCGCAGCCCAAAUGAGCAGAGUGGAGCUGUGCGUCUUCCUGUUGGGUCGAGGUUCCGAUCCGAACAUCCAGGACAGUCAGGGAAGAUCCGCCUUAAUGGUGGCGUGUGAGAGUGACGGCAUCGAGACGGUUGAGGCGCUGUUGAGGGGCGGAGCCAACACGCAGCUGGUCGACUCUCUGGGACACAAAGCUGUGGACUACAGCAUCACCACAGGAAACCAAAGCAUCAUCCUCAGCCUGCAGAAUGGCGUCCCUGCAGGCGGUGGAAGCGAGCAGCCCACCCCCAUCCCCUCAGCCGCCUCAUCGGUGCAGGGGGGCACCACCCCCCGCAAACGGAAAGCUCCUCCACCGCCACGCUCCCCCCUCCAGGGUUUGCCGCCCUCUCCGAAACCUCGCAGUCCGGCUCCGGCUGCGCAGUCGCCUGAACCCCAGAAGUCUCCCUCCCCCUCAGAAAUGCAACAGUCCGCCCAGGCGGAGGACGAAGAGGUGUUUGAGGAAAUCCGCCGUCUGCGUCUGGAGAGAGGUCGUCUGCUUCAGAAGAUCAAAGCUUUGGAGCAGCAGCAGCAGAGCGCCCUGUCCGCCCUGGAGGAGCUGUCCCAGCUGAAGCAGCGACUGGAGGAGGCGGAGGCGGAGCGGGACAAGCUGCUGGAGGAGCUGAAGGGGGGGCAUGUUAUUGGAGCGAGUGACUCCGACGACAUGGAUGAAAUGUUUGACUUCCCCGAGAAGCUUCUCUCCAAACGCUCCAGAGCCUCCCUGGCUCAGGAUGAACCGGACUCGGACCGCCGCGCUACGGACGCCGCAGAUCCGGAAACGGUCUCUGAGCUCCGCAGACAAAUCGAGGAGCUGACGUCACAGAACUCUGAGCUUGUUCUGAAAGUCCAGAUGUUGGAGAUGUUUGAGAAAGACGACACGGACAUGCAGGCCACCAGCACGGACUCGGUUCCUCUAGCUCAGUACCAGACCCUCAGGAAGGAGUACGAGGUCCUCCAGGAGCGCCUGGCUCAGGAACAGGCUUCGGAUGGAGACUCCACUGCAGCCGAGGAGCCAAACAACCAGACGUCCGGAGCAGAUCCAGAGAGCGUGAAGGCCCUGAGGGAGAAGCUCCGCAGCACGGAGGAGCAGCUGGAGGAGCUGAAGGAGCAGAUGCGACUCGGGGUACUUUCCGUGGAGUGCGGGGAGGGGGGUGUUGCAGCAACAGUUGCUCAAGCAGCAAAUGCGGAGCAGAGCCAGGAGGCGCGACAGCUGAGGGCCCGGGUGACCGAGUUAGAGGAGGAGCUGGCGAGGCGAGCGGGCGAGGCUGACGGUGACCUCAUCAGACAGCUGACGGAGAAAGUGGAGGUGCUGCAGGCUGCCCUGGAUCAGAAGGAGGAGCGGGGAGCAGAGGAGGCGCUCACGUCUCUUCAGGACAAGGUGGUGGAGCUGGAGGCCGCCCUGGCGGAGAGCAGGACAUCAGGGAGGGAGGGGGAGGAGCCAGCAGACGGAGAUCAGGUCCGCCUCCUUCAGGAGCGGGUGACCGAGCUGGAGGGGGAGCUGAGGAGGCACGUGCCGCGCUCGGAGCUGGAGGAGCUGCAGGUCACUCUGGGGAUCCAGUGUGAUCAACUGGCACGGGAGAGAGCGGACGUGGCGAGAAGGCUCAACGAUGCGCUCCUGGAGCUCGAGAGGCUCCGCCCUCCUCCACGGGGAGACGGUGAGGACGAAGAGGAGGAGGAGCAUUCGGAGAGCUCCGAGCCGUCCGUCACGUCAGGGCGCACCUUAGCCGCCGUGAGGGAGGAGCUGGAGGUGGCCCGCCAGGAGGCGGCGCAGGCUCUGGAGUGUCUGUGCGCGGAGCGCGAGGGGCGGGCGCAGGACGCCCUGCAGCUGGGAGACGCCGUGCCGCUGUCCAAACACAAGGAGGCGCUGUCUGCCGUCUCGGAGCAGCUGGCUCAGACCCUGCAGGAGCUCCAGGAGGAGAGGAGUCUGAGGGCCGGCGCCGAGGAGACGGCCCGCCGGCAGGAGGACGCCGUCCCCAAAGAGGAGCACGACAAAAUCAAGGCAGAGCUCGAGCGCUCCCUACAGGCCAGUGAGAGCAGUGCAGCUGCAGCUCGGGAUGCCCUGAACGAGAAGGAGAUGGAGCUGAGAGAGCUGAAGUCUCAGAGGGCUGCAGAGCAGGGUCUGAUCUCCAAGGAGGACCACGAGGCCCUGCGGCUGUCCCUGCAGGCGGAAAUCAACGCCAUCUCUGCUCGCUUCAACGAUCUCACCCGCAAACACGAGAAGACGUGCACCGAGGUCCAGAGGGAGGCGCUCUUCCACAAAAGUGAGCGCCAGGCGGCCGAGUCGCAGCUGGUGGCCGUGCAGCAGCGGCUCUCUGAGCUCCAGGCCCAGUCCAGCCACAUCCAGGAGCUCCACAAAGACAUCCAGGAGUCCCAGGGGCUCGUGAAGGAGAAGGACCGCAAGAUUACAGAGCUGUCCAAGGAGGUGUUCCGCCUGAAGGAGGCGCUAGGGGCGCUCUCGCCUCCUCUGGGUAUCUCCUCUUCUUCCUCAACGUCCCAUCAUGGUAACCAGGGGCAACAAGUGGCUCUGCAGAACAGGAUUAGUAUACUUACCCAACAGCUGCAGGAUUGGGAGAGAAAGCACAAACAGGUGGUCGCUGUGUAUCGCUCCCAUUUACUGUCAGCCGUGCAGGGUCACAUGGACGAGGAGGUGCAGCGUCUUCUCUUCCAGAUCCUGAGGAUGUCCCAGCAGGGACACUGACGUCCUCCUCUUCCUGCAGAGCUGCAGCUUCAGCGUUUUUAACAUUCAAGGUCAGAAUUAACGAGAUCUGGUCCACAAGCCAAACCCUGCAGGUCUGAGCUCAGAUUCUGCUGCUCGAGACUCUGAUUCCAUCCCGUUUAAAGAUAGAUAACCACGCAGUCACAUGACUCAGAGAGGAGCGAGUGCCUUUGUUAGGAGAACCAGGAAGUGCAGAUAAAGAGUUUAUUUUGAAGGCGGAUGGAGAUACUUGACUGCUCAUUUUAUAUCAUGUUGUUAUAAUAAAGACUGCUGCUCUGCACAAAGUUCAUCAUUUAA